UACCCUUUACCCUUUGCUGGAAUCCACUACCUCAUGGCAAUAAUUAUUGCGAAUGGUAGUGCUGCUGGCUCACUGCUCAGCUCUCCUACCAGGGGGCUCAAGAGAGUACUGUGGGCACUGAUGCUAGUCAUAUCCGUUGCUAUCUAUGGCUCUCAUGCUCCCCUUCUGACUCUGUGUAAAGUGGAUGGAAAGAUCCCAUUCAGCGCCUCAUCUGUUGUGGUUCUUACUGAACUGACCAAGCUGGUGCUCUCCUUCAUUUCCCUGCUGAUCUGGGACCGGAGGCAGCUGGGAGUCUCCCUGUCAUGGCGUCAUGCUGCUCCCUUUGCCCUAUCUGCACUGCUCUAUGCUGCCAACAAUAACCUGGUGGUUCACAUGCAGUUGUUCAUGGAUCCUAGCACCUACCAGGUCCUGAGUAACCUGAAGAUUGGCAGUACUGCUCUCUUGUACAGCAUGUUCCUGCACCAAAGACUCUCUCUGCACAAGUGGCUAGCCCUCUUCCUGCUAACAGCUGCUGGGGUGAGCUACACCUAUGGAGGCCUCCAGGACCUGCAGCACUCCUCCAGCUCCCCUGAGAUGCAGCUGCACGUCACCCUGAUUGGCUUGCUGCUCAUCUCUGUGUACUGCCUGAUAUCAGGCCUGUCUGCUGUCUAUACUGAAGUCAUCCUGAAAACCCAAGAUCUGCCACUUACCCUCCAGAACCUGUUUCUUUACUUCUUUGGAGUCCUGCUGAACUUGAUUGUCCAUCUGUUGAGCAGCAAUGGGGCUGGAUUCCUGGACGGCUUCUCUUUUUGGGUGCUGGUAAUCGUGGUCAGCCAGGCCCUGAAUGGCUUGAUAAUGUCUGUGGUCAUGAAGCACAGCAGUAACAUCACCAGACUCUUUGUUAUCUCCUGCUCCAUGCUUGUUAACGCCCUUCUAUCCGUACUGCUCUUCAGCCUGCAGCUCACUGCCUUUUUCUUCCUCGCUGUCCUGCUGAUCGGCUUGGCUGUUCACUUGUAUUAUGGAGUCAAAUAGACCCCAUCUUGCAGCUUUGUUGGAGACAUCUGGUUUUGAGGCUAUAGCUGGCAUGUUCUGGGCUAUUAUGUGGGGGUAGUAACUGCUUGGUUUUUUUGUCUCAUUUUUAUGUAACACAUGCAUUUAAUCUGGCCUGGCUGCCCUCUUAGAAGGCAGAUUCCCUUCAGAACCCGUCACCUGAGGUCAGGGACAAGCAUGUGUGAGGCAGCAGGACUGCAGCUGAAAGCUACUGGCUAUCACAAGCAGACCUUGCCUGUCGCUAACAUGUGCGCUGUAAGGAAUUGCACUAUUGUUGUGCAGCACAAAGAAGCGGGAGGGGAUACAUUCGUUGCAUGGGCUCUGUAUUCCGCAUAUAGGGACUUUGGCCUGCAAGGCGCUGACUCAGCAGCCCCUAUUGGUGUCUGCAGGAUCAGGUCCAGUAUAUCCCUUUUGGGGGGAAGGGUCAGAGGGCUUCCUGGUGAAGACUAAGCCAGUGACAAUAACAGCAGUUUAACGGCAUCCUCUGUGACAGUCCCCCAUUUUCCCUUUUUGCUUGAGCGCCCGUCCUCAGGCCCUUUCUGGGAGGGCUCUGAGGGACUCUCAUUACAGCUGAGCAGCACCAUUUCCAGCUCUAUUCAGGGACCACUUGUGUGAUGUGAGCUGCUUUCUUCUCUCUCUGGCUGUGCCUGGUGCCUCCACAAUGCUCUGAGCCCUGAUCCAGCUGUUACAGAUUCAAAGUGCCUUUUGGAAGGGGGAUAGUCCCGGUUUUGUGCACAUCCUGUGCAGUGAGCUGCAUGCUGACUUCAAGGCAGAGCCUUGUUCUCAUGCAGCGCGUGGCGCGUGUAUUUCCCAGACCCCUCCCUACCUGCUGUUCUCAUCUGUGUAACAAAGCACCAAAGAGCUGUCGACUCUUCUGUCAGAGGAAACGAUACGUGUAACUAUUUCCCUGGAAAGUUCCAGUAAUAUGACCAGCUGCUGUUCAGCUGGGGGCCUGCAUGUGCAUGGUUAUCACUCUGUCCUUGCUCAUGCACACUGGUACAUGUGUGUCUCACAAUCUGGCUCUUCACCUGUAGUAGACUCCUGGGCCUAGAUCCUCAAAGGCACCUAACUCCCAUUGAUUCCAGUGGGAGCUAGGUGCCUAAAUACCUUUUUCAGAGCUAAGCCCUGGUCACUGAGGCCCCAGCUAGAGCCCAUCAGGUGAAUCUGUCAUUAGCAUGUACCCAAUGCCCACAGCUAACUCCUGCUUUCCCUCUUUCAACUUUGGAUUGAAGCAGAGAUCUGUAUCUUCAGCAUGAAAGCAGCUACUGUUGAGUGUUAGCUGAGCUGUCAGCUGUGAUGCGCUGCAGGAGUUGGGGUGGUGGCUUGAAGGCUAGAGGAGUUCUGUGUUGAUUGGGAAAGAGGAAAAGGAAACUUCCAAAAUAAAAUGGUUGGAAUCAUUAAGAUGCCCAGAAUUGAAGACGGGGAUGACUGCAGUGCUGGGGCAGGGCCUGGUUUGGCAGCCCUGCAGACUGACCCCUCUCUCUAGCCACAGAACAGUUGCAGGCCUGGCAGUCCCAGCACGUGCCAGUGGCCCACCUUGAGGAACUCCAUCUCUGUUCAAUCUCAAUGGUCCAGUCUGUUUUAGGCAUCUGCUCAGGCAGGCAGCCCAGCUGCCAGUUGUCAGCCUAGUGGUGGAGACCUGCCCCCUUGAAAAUUGUCCCUGCCAAGCUCUGAGUUUUUCUAUAAAUGACUAAACCCUUUACAAGUGACUGAUGGGAUGGGAGGACGGCAGCUCUCUGCUUUGUGCCAGCCAGUGCAGGAGCCUGAGCAAUCGGCUUGGCAGGGGAGAGCUUUUUGCUCUGCCAUUCCCGGUAGCAAACCUCAGUAGGGGUCUGCCUGUAUUGGGCAAGGGGUUCAGCUGUGUCUAGAGUAGCAUGUCUGAACAGGGGCUAAUGCUUCCUCCCUAGCCUAGAAAUGCAAUAAAAGUGCACUCUGAGCGGCAGGGCUGACCCAUGUGGUCUUGCACUGCUUUCCCUCUACACCUUUGCGCUGACCAUGAUUUCCUCUCUAAUGCACCUGCCCUUCAGCAUGCAGAAGCCACCACAUGCACCUGCUGCCUCCCAGGACAGGGGUAUAACUACAUUCCACACCCCUGCCAGCUCCCACUUGGUCUGCCCUGGAAUGUUGUGCUUCCCAGCAUGCAGUUGGGCAGAUCCUGUGCUGGGCAGCCCAAACUCCCUACCUCAGGGAAGCUGUGCCUCAUCUCUUGAAUUGAAUUGUCCAUUUCCCACUGUGUCAGUCCCAGGCUUGCAGGGCCAGGCUCGGGCAGGGCAGGGGGCAGCCAUUCCUCCUACAGGUCUCUGAUUGCCACUUGACCUGGAGUCCUCAUGGGAGCAGUGCAGCUGCAUGUGCCUGUUGCCCUGCUUGUCAGCUGAGGCAGCAGUGCGUGUUUCUGAGAGCAUAGUGACUAUUUAGCCUGUAUAAAUUAUGGGUUUGUAUUUGGAUUUGUACCAACUUAGGUUUGACAAGGUUCAAUUCCUGUCACCCCCAGUGCGCCUAACAGCAACGCCUACCCUGGUGCUGGCUGUAGUAUUAAAGCCUGCACUUUC